CCUGAAGCUGUCGAGCUCCAGACUCCAGUAUCACUAGAGACGACAACCGGACCAUAACAACACCGCGCACCCUCCGCUGGCGAUCCAGUUUAAAGUGAUUCGAGUUCAGGUCAUACGAGAUCGUCCGUGUGUGUCUUUCGUACGGGGGAAUAGGUUACUAACGACCCCAGAGAUGCCCUCCGACAGACCUUUCAAACAAAGAAGGACCUUUGCCGACAGAUGCAAAGAGGUCCAGCAGAUUCGGGAGCAGCACCCCAACAAAAUACCUGUGAUCAUUGAGAGGUACAAGGGCGAGAAGCAACUUCCUGUUCUGGACAAAACCAAGUUCCUUGUCCCGGACCACGUCAACAUGAGCGAGCUGGUCAAGAUCAUCAGGCGCCGGCUGCAGCUGAACCCCACCCAGGCCUUCUUCCUGCUGGUGAACCAGCACAGCCUGGUGUCCGUCUCCACGCCCAUCUCCGACAUCUACGAGCAGGAGAGGGACGAGGACGGCUUCCUCUACAUGGUGUACGCCUCGCAGGAGACCUUCGGCUGCUAGGGGCCCGAGAGACGGGACCUCCUAACGCUGCGGGGGGAGGGGGGGGAGGAGGAGGAGGAGGAGGGAGGAGGAGGCAAGGCCCCUUUCGUGCUGCUGACAUCCCAGCAAGGAGGCUGUAGGCCCGCACCACACAUCAACCAACAGAUAGAUAGUGGAUACCCUCCCUCCCCCGGCCUCCCUCCUCCCUCCCCCCCCUCCAUCCUCCCAAACAGAGGAUCAAUAGUUAACAGCCGUCUAAUUCCCCAGUCCUAAUCGAUCCCUUUGACAGUAGCGUAGCGGCCAGUAGGGGGUCUGUAGGGGGUAACAGGGAGGGGUGUUCCCACCUGCCGUAGGUCCGGAGGGGGAGCCCGGGGCCGUGUGUUCCCGAGCCGUCCCCCCAACGUCCCCGUAGGUAGUUUAGCUCUUUGAAUUGAUUCACCUUCCAUCGUGGCAACAGUGGAACACAUGCUCGUCACGCUAACCCCGUCGAUCCCUAGUGUCGUUAUAGAUGACUUGAUUUAAUUUGUGUAGCUCUUUCCAACUCACUUUGUUUUUAAGUUUGCGAUACAAGACACUAGUAGCUACUUUGUGUGUCCUAUACAUUGUGUGUGUGUGUUUAAACGUAGAACUUUUAUCACUAGCCUGACACUAAAUAACCAUUAGGUUGAUCCAUGUUUAUAUAUUCAUCUUACUGUACUUCACAAACAUAUACACAUGCAUCCAGCAGACCCUUCAUUUCCAAUGUGCAAUAUCGCUUGACCCCCUAUCCCCCCCCCCCCAAACCGUUGAACGUAUCGUAUGAAACUGUUAGCUCACAGAGGAACUCUAGCCCUGCUCUCAGCGUUUGUAGUCUCACACUGGGCUGGGCCGGUGCUCCGUUAGCCUUCGUCUGUGCAGAUCGUUGUCCCGCCAAGUCCCCUCAUGGUGGCCGGCCAGUCAUGACCCCCUGGCAGGUUUGUUCAGUAGCAUUUAUGAUGCUGGUACUCCCUCUGGGUAAUCUGGUAACAUUAACCUGUCUAGAGUAUCCAUUCUAUGGGAUAUUAGCUUGUGUUACUAUGAGUUAGCAUGAAGGCUCUUAAAUGCUACCGGGCAUUAGCCGAUGCUACUUGCCUGUACAGUGAGCCUAUUGUACUAGCCAUUAGCAUUUUAGAUUCUUAAAUGCUACUGGACAGGAAGCUGACUUUAACAAAGCCUGCAUGGACACUUCUUCAGGUUUGAGUCUCGUCUCCCCCCCCUCCCCCUCUGUUAGUUUGUUGUCCAUACUUGUGUGUACCGGACUCCUGUUGGAGACCCCUGUUCUUCAGAUCAGUGUGUGAUGUGAAACUAGACGAUAGAUUAUAUACAAGUAUAACACAGGACAUGAGCUUAUUUUGCACAUAUCAAAUUAAUGAAUACUAGAAAAAAAAGAAGUAUUUGGGUUGAUAGAAAUUCAAUGUCUGUUCUCUAAAAGGAUUGAGUGUUUUUCUUUUUUAAUCUGUCCCGUCUGUCAUCUGAUUUCAUUUAGAUUUUAUAGAGAAGAGGUUGUGAUUCACUAAAAACCUUGCAUGUUCUUUUUCCCUCUUAAUGUUUUUUAUAUUAAUGUAAACUCAUUUCACGCGAUAGAUCUAAACGACUGUAUUGAGUUUAUUGAAAACAAAUGUCUUUUUAAAGUUUUCAAACCAAAAACUGUGUAUAUCUACGUUUGAGACACAACAAAAAAAUGUUUGCGUAUAAACUAUCAUAUAAUCGAUUGUUUUUACAUGUUUUUAUUUCUAUUUCCGACAUCACUACUUGGAUAAGUGUACAUAGAUGCAGUGCUACUUUUACUUUAAGCAGUUGCCAAUAAUAAAGAAAUAUGUUGCCUUGAA